AUGGAUGGUUUGCCUUCUGGGUACCGCCCUAAUGUUGGUGUCUGUCUAAUCAACUCUAAUGGCCAGGUCUUUGUGGCCUCUAAAUUGAAUGUUCCAGGAGCCUGGCAAAUGCCUCAGGGAAGUAUUGAGGAUGACGAAGAGCCCAUGACUGCUGCAAUCAGGGAAGUACGCGCAGAAACCGGGAUAACAACUGCAGAAAUCGUUACUGAGGUUCCUAAAUGGCUGACUUAUGACUUCCCUCCUGCUGUGAAAGCCAAAGUAAAUCGCCUUUGGGGUGGAGAAUGGCACGGGCAAGCACAAAAAUGGUUCCUUGUGAGAUUAAUGAAAGACAACGACAAGAUCAACCUAGUCAAUGAGGAAGCAGAUUCAGAAUUCUCUGAGUGGAAAUGGGCAAGCCCUGAAGAAGUUAUUGAGCUGGCAGUGGACUACAAAAGGCCCUUAUAUGAGGAAGUGAUGAAGACCUUCAAGCCAUACUUGAAUGAGAAUGGAAUGGCUGCAAAAUGUAAAUCUUCAAAAUGGUGA